CACGCCCGCGGUGCGACUCGUAAAUGAAAGUUGGUGCUUUCCGAGAGCCGGAGCGGCUCAUGCGCAGAGAAGUGGCGGUAGUUCCAAAAGUGACCGCGGGGCGCGCGGAGCGCUGCGGAUACGAAGACGAGGCGAACGGAACAGUCACAGUCGGCGAGACAUGCAGACGUCCAAACAUGGCCACAGAGGGACUCCUUAGCGACGGCGCUCAUCAGCUCAAAACCUUCGCGGUCAACGGCAAGCACGCCCUGAACGUUGUCAACGGGAAGGCCAACGGGGUCGUCCACUCCAAAAAGAAUGGGCAUGUUACCGCCCACUGCAAUGGAACAACUACAGGUGUCCCUCAGAGUGAGCCUAAAAAGAAGCCUCACUCCAAAGAAUCUUUUGAAGAAGUACCACUGGUCACAGCAGUAACAACAUAUAUGGGCUUUUAUUUGCUUGUGGUGUUAGGAUACCUCAAUCAGUUUCUGUUUGCCCCUCCAGUUGCCAAAGAAAGAAAUAGGAAGGGAUAUGUUCCUCUCUACAAUAGAUUUGAACAAUUUUAUUCACGAUAUGUGUACAGACGUAUCAGAGAUUGCUGGAAUCGACCAAUAUGUAGUGUCCCUGGAGCUGAAGUUGUUUUGAAGGACCGUAUCACCCAUGAUUAUGGAUGGACUUUUCAGUACACUGGCCUAGAAAAGAAAUGCCUAAAUUUAGGAUCCUACAACUACCUGGGUUUUGCUGAGGCUACUGGUCAAUGUGCUGAGGACUCAAUUCAAUCAAUCAAAAAAUAUGCCUGUGCAUUAGGUAGCACAAGCCAUGAACUUGGCACAAGCCCAAUUCAUCUGGAACUUGAAGAAACUACAGCUCGCUUUUUGGGUGUGGAAGCUGCUAUUACUUUUGGAAUGGGUUUUGCAACUAAUGCUUUAAAUUUACCCUGUCUUUUAUCACCUGGAUGCUUGGUCAUUAGUGAUGAGAAAAACCACGCCUCACUUAUUCUAGGACUGCGACUAUCUGGUGCUACUACACGUGUGUUUAAACAUAAUAACAUGAAAAAUCUAGAGAAAGUAUUGCGGACUGCCGUUGUUCAGGGCCAACCAAAAACUGGUGCACCUUGGAAAAAAAUAUUUAUUGUUGCUGAAGGCGUCUAUAGCAUGGAAGGAUCUCUUGUACAUCUACCUGAGGUCAUUGCUUUGAAGAAGAAAUACAAGGCUUACCUGUUCUUAGAUGAAGCUCACAGUGUUGGUGCAAUGGGACCGAGAGGCCGAGGUGUUUUGGAUUAUUAUGGUGUUAAUCCUCAUGAUGUUGAUGUCUUGAUGGGAACUUUCACAAAGAGUUUUGGAUCUGCUGGAGGUUACAUUGCAGGCUCAAAGGAAUUGGUAGAUUUCUUGCGUGUAAACAGCCAUGCUGCCUGUUAUGCCUCAACUAUGGCGCCCCCAAUUGCCCAGCAGAUCAUUACCUCAAUGCGCAUUAUCAUGGGGGAAGAUGGAACCAAUGAAGGUCAGAAAAGAGUAAUGCAAUUGGCUCGCAACACCAGAUAUUUCCGGCGCCGUUUACAUCAAAUGGGCGUUAUUAUUUAUGGCCAUGAAGAUUCUCCAGUUGUACCUUUACUGGUUUACAUGUUCUCCAAAAUUGGGGCUGUGGUCAGAACUCUUGCAAAGAAAAACAUUGCUGCAGUUGGAGUGGGCUUCCCUGCAACUCCUUUAAUGGAAGGUCGUAUCCGGUUUUGUUUGUCUGCCGCUCACACCAAGGAACAACUGGAUAAUGUUUUGGAUGUUCUUGAAGAUAUUGCCGAAACUCUUGGACUAAAGUACUCUCAACUUCCACGUUACAAAGGUGUUAUUCAGUAUGAAGAUGAAAAUAAGUAAUGUUAAAUUUGUAAGCGUGAUUAAUUGUAACCAAUCCUUUGUUGCCUUGCAUCAAGGCACCAAGUACAAUCAUGAAACAUGCAUGGGCAUUGCACAUUGACCAGAAUAUUUUUGAUACCAUGCUUUUAUUAUUGUCAUUGUCAAGAUUUUGUGCUUGACAGAGUAGAUGGGUAUUUUAGAAAUAUUAGGACAACAGCUUUCUUGUUCUUUAAUGUGAUAAGUGCCUUUGUAAGAGCAAAUUACAAAUUCUCUAUAGUUUUGCCUGAUAAUGUACCUUAGUGAAAGUAGGGCAUCAAUCACUUUCUCCUGCAUCUGCGACAAAAUAGGUCUCAUAAGAUUAAAUGAUUUUUUUUAUUUUGUUUUAAAUCGCUUAUGCUGAUUGUGGCUGUGUGUUAACUGCUUUAUUUGAAAUUCCAAUAUUGAUUAAUUAUCUAGUUCCUCUGAAGUUUACUAGCUCUGUUUUGUAUUUAUUGGUGUGAAGUGAGACAUUUAACUCAGCUGAGAAACUGUUGCUAUGUUUCAGCUUCACUAUGCGAAUGUACAAAAACUGAGGUUGUUUAAACUUUCCUAUAUUUAUAAGUGGCUCAGGAAUUUUUUUAGUCACAUGUUUUUUUUUUGUUUUUUUUUACUGUUGUAUUUUACUGUAAGGAAAACAAGAUGUGCUUGUAGUUUGUCAUAUUUUGAUCACAUUUUCUUUCCCUAGAAUUUCUUCUCUAUUUAUUUUAAAUUUAACUCCGCACUUGACUUUGGCCAAUUCCCAGUCUUGAAUUUGUUUAAGUAGUGCUUAAAUUUCCCUUUGACUAGUAUGAAACUUACUAUCAAUUUUUUUCUAUAUUCCCGGGGAAUGAUCCAUUCCUGUUCCACUCAAUUAUUAUUGUGUAAUAGUGUACUUCAGUCAUGUUAAUGCUCUUGAAGUGCAUAAUUUUUUUCUUAAAGCAUGCAGGUAUGUCUGUAUUUAGUACACACAUUAUUUAUAAAUUAUUGUAUGUGGCUUUACUUUUCACCAUCCCUGAGCAUUUAAACCAUGUUUCUUGUUUAUAAAAUGUUGAGUGUGAUUGAAAAUAU